AUGAUACCAUAUGUUCGAAAGAUCAAUCUCACUGACGAUAAUAAAAGGACUAAAAGAAAACCUCCAAAGCUUUGCCCCGAUUGUAACGAGUCCGAUAAUUUUAACAAAUUAUUUUCUAAUAAAUUCAAUAGAAUUGAAGAAAUGGUUGCCAAUAUAUAUAAUAAUCUUCAAAAAAAGAAGACUGAAAAUUUCUCAAUAUAUAAUGAAAAAUUUAAUCUUAACAAUGUUCCUUGCGAAAUAGAAUACGAUUUGAAAAAUUUCACUUUACAAGAAUUAGAAAAACUAGGAAAAUUUACAAUAAAAAAUUCUAAUGUUGACAAAUAUCCAUCUUAUACUUCCCCUAUAAAAAACGAGAAUGAAGAAUUUACUAUUGAUAAUGUUCCUAAUUUGCCAAAUUUUACUUUAGAUGAAUUAGAAGAAUCAGCAACACAAGAUUUCAAUGACGAUAAUAAUCAUGAGAAUGAAAAUUUUAUUCUCAACAAUGUUCCUUAUAAUAUCAAUGAUCAAUAUACUCUUUUAAAAAAUAAUGAAUUUUCUGAUUCUGACCCUCAAUCAUUUUCUGAACAUCGAUUUCAUGAGAGUUUAGCUGAUUAUUGUAAAACUGAUUCAAAUAAUGAUUCAGUUCAAUCAAGUUUGCCUAUAUCUACUGUUCAAGAAAUCCAAAUUCCUAUAACUCCAACUCAGGCUCAAGUUUCUGCAACACAAAAAAUUCAAAAUUCAAGUCAAUAUAUCAAGGAAAGUAAAGACUUCAGUAACAGUAUCUUUAAAUAUUUUAUUAAAACAAGGUCAUGA